UGCCACUUGUACAAACACAAAAGGGUCCAUCUCAUUUGAUCACUUAUCUCAUCACUUAUCAGUCAAUUGAUAACGACAAUCCUCGGCCGUCUGUUCGUCUGUUCGCAGUGUUCUCGCGACCGCCGACACGAGAAGAUCAUUAUACACGCAUACAAGAUGACAGACACGAGCGCGAGCCUGCAGCCGGGCGCGGUGAUCCGGCCGGUCAUCGACCCCGAGGGCGUGCAGCUCCUGGCGGAGAGGCUCUACGGGAUCAGCGUGCUGGAGCUCACGGAACUCAACGGCUACGACGACAGGAACUUCCGCAUCACAGAGGACCCGAACGUGAAGAACCCCCUCAUCACCACGCACAGCCAGCACGGCUACGUGCUCAAGAUCAUGAACUCCAUGGACUCGCAGAACGUGGGCGUCGUCGAGGCGCAGAACGAAAUCAUGAACUUCCUCAAUGCUCGCGGCGUGGUAUGUCCAAAGCCAGUACGCAACGUGUACGGCCACCUGCACUCCAUCGAGACCCUCAACGGUCAGCGGCACGCCGUGCGUCUGCUGGAGUAUGUACCUGGCGAGUUGCUCAAGGAUGUGCCGAAGACGGAAGCCUUGUUCUAUCAGCUUGGAGAGUUCGUCGCUAAUCUUGAUAAUAAACUGCAGAACUUCAACCACUCGGGGCUGGUCUCCCGCGAGCACAUCUGGAUGCUGACGAAGGUGCCGGAGCUGGACCAGUUCAAGUCCGCUGUCAAGGAGCAGGACAAGCUAGAGCUAGCGGAAGAGGUGAUCGAAGAGUUCAAGUACGCGGUGGUCCCGCGCCUGGACGAGCUGGAGCGCGGCGUCAUCCACGGAGACGUCAACGAGAUGAACAUCCUCGUCGCGCACAAGCCCGGCGGCAGUGAGAGCGAUUACCGCAUCUGUGGCAUCAUCGACUUCGGCGACAUUCAGUACUCGUACUACGUGUUCGAGCUGGCCAUUGCCAUGACGUACGUCAUGCUCAUCACCGGCGACCCCAAGGACGCCGGCUUCGUCCUCGCUGGGUACACCGUCAACAGGAGGCUGCCCGACGACGAGUACAGGCUGUUGAAGACCCUGAUCUCGUCGCGUUUGGUCCAAAGCCUGGUGCUCGGCGCGUAUACCAGGGAACAGGACCCCAACAACACGUACGUCUCCUCGACAGAGAAGGCCAACGGCUGGGAGCUGCUGAGGAAACUGCGUAAGUCCAAGCCAGAGGUCGACGACCCCACUGACUGGAAGACCAUCGCUAAUGAAUACCUCACUAGGAGCUAAUCUCCUACUAACUUCUGCCGUCCUGGUAUAAAUUAUUGUAUUAUACUUAAAAUGUUUAAUUGAUAAUUGUUAGUCAUUUGCUUUCUUUUGUAUACUGAGAAACUAGAAAUAGAAAUUAUAAUAUGUAUCCAACUCUACUAUAUUUAUCAUCAUCUGUUCGCAGAUAAUAUUAUUUACAAACUUGUAAAGCUUUCAUUAUUUUUAUUAAGCAGUAGUGUAAAAAUGAUUUCAAUUAGAUUUAAGGCAUAAAAAGUAUUAAAUAAAGACUUGUAAUGAUAUAA